CCACAAAAGGUAGUAUAAAAGUGAUCCUACACAUAACGUUUGGGUUUUUCCAGUGAGAGAAGCGCGGCUUACGGAUACGCGUGGAUUCAUUACGGUUAGGGUUUUGUUAUCAUCUGUUUGUUCCUACUUAAAAAGGUUCUGCGGGCUUACCUGGAACUCGAUUGUCUACUGAAAUCUCACUCUACCUAGCUAUGGCUAUGGAGUCAUCUAUUGUGAUCAAGGUCAAGUAUGAAGAGACACUCAGGCGGUUCAAUGCUUGUGUCAUCAAUGAGAAACUUGAUCUUAACAUUGGUGGAUUGAGAGACAAGAUUAUUCAUCUUUUCAAUUUUGCUCAUGAUGCUGAACUCACACUAACAUACAUUGAUGAGGAUGGCGAUGUAGUAACACUUGUUGAUGAUGAGGAUCUGCAGGACGUUGUGAGGCAGGACCUGAAUCCCUUGAGAAUAUCUGUGAGGUUGAAUGCUGCUGAAAGAAGUGGCAGACCUUCAGCUAGAUCUAGUGGAAAUUCUACUCCCUUACGAUCACCUCGGGUCCAGCCUCCAUUCCUAAACUUGAAUUCCCGUGUUUCGGAUGUUCUCAAGUACAUUCCAGAACCUCUGCGUGAAUCUGUGAUGAAGGUCUGUUCUGAUAUGACUACAUCCGCCUCAUCCUCUACUCCCAUCCUUGCUGAGCUUGUUGAUGCUCUGUCUGAGAUGGGGCUAUCUUACUACCAAAAUCAGGCUUCAGGGCCUCAGCCUGUCAAAGAAGCUGGCUCCCAUAGUGGAGUAUCCAAUGGAAAUACUAUGAGUGUUGAUGGGGGAAAACCAAAUGUUAAAAGUGGAGAGCCAUUCCCAAAGAAGAAUGGGCACCUCACAGCACUACAUGGUGAGGACCUAACAUUGAAGACUACAGAACCAAAACCUGAGGUCUUCAAUGAACCUGUAGAUACCUCGGUCAAGCUAAUAUCUAAAUCCAAAACUUUGGAAGGUGAUCGAACCGAAGCUCAGUCGUCAUCAUUCAAAGGUUCUAAUGCUCAGACAUCACUGCUAAACAGCGUCGACAAGGAUAAGAAAUAUGAUGUUCGUAAUAUUUAUGGAAAGACUGUUGGCUUUGCCUAUGUGCAGGCCUCACCUACUCCACCAGAAAAGCCUUCUGAUGAGCAGCCAAGCAAGGGCCAUCCAGUAGCUAAGCCGGUUGAUUUGGGUGGCUCUGCAAGUUCCAGUAAACUGAAACAAGGCAACUGGGAUUCUCCUAAUGCAGAUUCCGGUGGCAGUUCAAUCAAGAUGCCUUGUGUUGGCUUCACUCCUUCACGUCCAGUUCAUAUGAACACUGUGAAUGGAAAUGAUUCUUCUAAUGCAGGUUCCAGUGGCAGUUCAAUGGCGAUGCCGUAUGAUGGCUUCAGACCUGCUGUCAAUUGUCUAGUUCCACUGAUUUCUGUGAAUGAGUGUCCAUUUUCUGGGGUGCCAACAGUAAAUAACCCUAUCCCACCUCAGAACUUCUCUUUUGAGGUCCCACUUAAAAGGAGACAUAAUCACAGUGAUGGGACUGGGACUAUUUUCCAUAAAGGUGUUCGCUGUGAUGGUUGUGGGGUUCAUCCGAUAACUGGCCCUAGGUUCAUAUCUAAAGUGAAGGAGAACUAUGAUCUCUGCAGCAUAUGUUUUGCUGAAAUGGGAAAUGAUGAUGAUUACAUCAGUAUUGAUCGUCCUUCAACUUACCCGCAUCCCUGGUCUUUCAAGGGCUUACAUGAUCUGCAUGGCAGGUUGCGUCCUCGUCCCCCAACUGUCCCACAAGUCUCUCGAGGCUAUGGGUUGAAACCAGGUCGGCCAAAGCUGGACAGCCGCUUCAUACAGGAUGUCAAUAUCCUGGAUGGAACCAUCAUUGCCCCCUUGACUCGAUUUACCAAGAUCUGGAGAAUGAAGAACAAUGGUAAUCUCGUCUGGCCUCAAGGAACUCAACUUGUUUGGAUUGGGGGAGAUAAAUUAAGUGAUAGAUUCUCUGUUGAAUUAGAGAUAACUACAGCUGGCCUGGCUGUUGACCAGGAGGUUGAUGUGGCAGUUGAUUUUACUGCUCCUGAGCAUCCUGGUAGGUACAUAUCCUACUGGAGGUUGGCUUCGUCUUCAGGGCAGAAAUUUGGCCAGCGUGUAUGGGUGCUUAUCCAGGUCGAUGCUCUAUUAAGCCUGCCAAAAAAGGGGCUGGUCCAUGAAGCUUUUCAGGGGUUAAACUUGAAUUUACCUCCUGCCAGCACUGGUUCGUCUGGAUCUGAUAUUAUAAAUGUGAAUUCAGAACCUCAGAAUGUCCUUCCUGAGCCUAAGAGCUCCAGCACAAUUGACUUGGUUGAUUCAGUGGCUGAAGUAAACCAAAACAAGGAGCAGGAGGCCAAGUUUCCUAUUAAUGAUAGCUUGUUGGUUGGUUUUGGUGACAAGUCAAGUUCUCCAGCUGCUUCUGGUUCACCAAUUUCAUAUCCAAUUAUUGAUUUAACUGAGAAAGCACAAGUGGAUUCUUCCAUGCCACCAUCAACGGCUGUAGCUAUGCAGGCACCGCUCCAGGAUGUCAGAGGAAAUAACGAAGUUGAGAUGUCCCUCCUCCAGGAGCUGGAGGAAAUGGGUUUCAAGCAGGUAGAUCUGAACAAAGAGAUCUUGAGGAAGAAUGAGUAUGAUUUGGAGCAGUCAGUUGAUGAUCUCUGUGGUGUUGCUGAGUGGGAUCCUAUCCUCGAAGAGCUGGAGGAGAUGGGUUUCUGCAACAAGGAAAUGAACAAGAAGUUGCUUAAGAAGAACAAUGGAAGCAUCAAGCGUGUUGUCAUGGAUCUUAUUGCUGGAGAGCAGUAGGAGAGAUUAUAUAGUUGUCCUAUCGGAUGAUGGAUACUUUGGUAUGAAUAAAUGGUAGGACAUGAUAGCUUAGGUUGCUGGUGUGUCUGCUAUGUUUUGGUUACUGUUUGUCAACUAUGAUUUGACAAACCCUUUUAUGUUAUUACUUGAACUAGCUAUGGUAGUAUCUCGAAACAUGUGAUAUUUGGUGUUCAAUGAUUAUGAAUGUUUUUCUUCCUGUUAAAA